AUGGAUAUGGAUUCACAGUCCAAACCUGGAAAGAUAAGUAUCUCUGAAAGGUCCAUCCUUUCAGGAAAAAAGGCUGUUGAGAAUAUAGAUUACCCACACUACUAUAAUCUCUUAAGGAAAAUGAACAUGCCUUUUGUGAAAGGAGUUGAAGACAGACAUAACUAUGGCAGAAUUGAAAAGAAAUGCAACCCUACUUUUCUUAAAUUUCACCCUUAUCCCCCUUCGGUCCUGCCAGACUACCAUUUACACUAUCCUUAUCCCCCACCGUAUGGGCGAGAUUAUCCAUUAUUUCCACUUCGGGAUGAUGUGCCCUUGGGUGAUGCCUGUUCCGGGUUUUUGAGUCCUGGUGGCGAUGCUGAUUUAAAGCCUGGCUUUGGCAGAACCAUACCAAGCCUGGUGGAUUUCAGGGAUGUGAAACCGCAUCAUCGAGUUCCCAGGCCAGACACAGGAUUUCAAACACUGAAAACGCAAAACAUUUUAUUAGAAGAACUAAAACAGGACAGGAGAUGGAAUUCCAGGGCAAUACCAGACAUUUCCAUCAGAGCAAGACUUGGAGGUUGGACAAGCCCACUCAAAGUGACUCCUUUACCACCUCGUCAGGAAGCAUGCUCAAUAAAUCACACGUACGCAUUUGAUGAAGAAGCAACAUGUACAGAGGAUGGAGAACCGCUUUUACAACCAAACAGGAAAUACAGUGCAAAGGACUCAUUUUACAAGUCCUCGACUCAAAAAGCUUAUGAAGUUGUUCCUUGGGACAAGAUGCUACCACCAAAACCGGAUCCAGAAGAAACAACAGUGGAAAAAGCUGCUGACCUGAUUUCACAGUGUUUUACACUGAAAAGAUAUGAAGGGGCCCCAUCAAUAACCCAGAUGGUUGGUGGACUCUGGGACAGAUUUCAAACAAGAUCUUUCUUGACACCGGUCAAGCCAGUUACUUU